UGUGCAGCGAGCAUGAACCGGCUAAGAUGCUGCCCAGCAAGGGGCCUGCUAAGGCCAGGCAGGGGCAAGGGGCAAUGGUGUCUUACUCUUGGGGGCUACUUCCCGGGCCUCAGGCAUCCAGGCAUCUCAGGACUGAAGAGGACAUGGAAGUCCCCUGGUGUGAAGGCCAGAGACUAUCCACCAUCUACCUCAUGGCUGAGUGAGCCUCCCCUGGGCCCUGUACCCCACCCCAGCAUGGUCCUGGCCCGUGGGGGGCGCUCCAGAGCACAGCCGCUGACCUUGUCUUUGGGGGCAGCCAUGACCCAGCCUCCACCCACCAAAGUGCCAGCCAAGAAGCAUGUGCGGCUCCAGGAGAGGCGGGGCUCCAAUGUGGCUCUGAUGCUGGACGUGCGAUCCUUGGGAGCCGUGGAGCCCAUCUGCUCAGUGAACACACCCCGGGAGGUCACUCUGCACUUUCUACGCACAGCUGGACACCCCCUUACCCGCUGGGCUCUGCAACACCAGCCACCCAGCCCCAAGCAGCUAGAGGAAGAAUUCUUGAAGAUUCCUUCAAAUUUUGUCAGCCCUGAAGACCUGGAUAUCCCUGGCCAUGCCUCCAAGGACCGAUAUAAGACCAUCUUGCCAAAUCCCCAGAGCCGUGUCUGUCUUGGUCGGGAACAGAGCCAGGAGGAUGGAGACUACAUUAAUGCCAACUACAUUCGAGGUUAUGAUGGGCAAGAGAAGGUCUACAUUGCAACCCAAGGCCCCAUGCCCAACACAGUGUCGGACUUCUGGGAGAUGGUAUGGCAAGAAGAAGUAUCCAUCAUUGUCAUGCUCACUCAGCUCCGAGAGGGCAAGGAGAAAUGUGUCCACUAUUGGCCCACAGAAGAGGAAACCUAUGGACCCUUCCGCAUCUGCAUUCAGGACAUGAAAGAGCAUCCAGAAUACACAGUGCGGCAGCUUACCAUCCAGUACCAGGAAGAAUGCCGAUCAAUAAAGCAUGUCCUCUUCUCUGCCUGGCCUGACCACCAGACUCCAGAAUCAGCUCGACCCCUGCUGCGCUUGGUGGCUGAGGUGGAGGAGACCCCAGAGGAAGCUUCUCACACCAGGCCCAUUGUGGUCCACUGCAGUGCAGGGAUUGGCCGGACUGGCUGCUUCAUCGCCACCCGAAUUGGCUGUCAACAGCUGAAAGCCCGAGGGGAAGUGGACAUUCUGGGCAUCGUGUGCCAACUGCGGCUAGACAGAGGGGGUAUGAUCCAGACCGCAGAGCAAUACCAGUUCCUACAUCAUACUUUGGCCCUGUAUGCGGCCCAGCUGCCUGAGGAGCCUAGUCCCUGACCCCUACCAACCUCCACCAGCCCAGUGGCCCCAAAUGGACCACAGUGGGAGCCC